CGGCCGGGCGCGCUGGGAAGUGUAGGCGGAGCUGCUCUGCCUCGACGAGCAGCGGGAACAUGGCAGCGCUGGAGGCGGCGGAGGCCGCGCUGGGGCGGCGGCAGGAGCACCGUGAGGAAGAGGAGGAAAGCCACAACCAUGACCGUGAAGGCGGCGGCGAGCCGGCGGCGCUCAAUGGUUUGGUGAUCUCUGAAAAUGUGAAAAGCAACAACAUUGGUGUGAAAAUUCCCGAGUCAGAAUUGGAAGCAGAAGACAAAGGAGCAGAGGAAGAACGCCCAAGGGAAUCUGAUAGCAACAUUUUGGAUGUAUCAUCUGAUUACCCACGAGACAAACAUAUUUCGAUUCAGAGGCAUCUUGCUGAUCUAGAGAAACUGGCUGACCUGAGAGAAGGUGAGUUUUACACAGCAGCGUCCCAGAACACAGAUCUUUGUGUUACAGAUAAAAGGAAGCCUUGUCCAUUGUGUCCUGAAGAGAAAUUCAAAGCUUGCUAUAGCCACAAACUCCAUCGUCACUUGCAGAAUUUGCACUGGAAGGUUUCUGUUGAAUUUGAAGGGUACAGAAUGUGCAUCUGUUACUUAUCCUGUCGGCCAGUAAAACCCAACCUUGUUGGAGACCAGACAUUGUCAAAGAUGGGAGCUCAUUACCACUGCAUCAUCUGCUCAGCAACUAUAGUACGAAGAACUGACAUGAUAGGUCACAUUAAUCGUCACGUGAAUAAAGGAGAGACUGAGUCGAGGUUUAUCACAGUUCGUGCUCCCAAGUCGUCUUACACAGUGGUGAAGGAGUCAGCCACAGAUGUGCAGGUUCUUCCCAACCACUCCACGCCCCAGAAAACAGAUUCCUAUUUUAAUCCUAAAAUGAAACUUAACAGGCAGUUGAUAUUCUGUGCACUGGCCGUACUUGCUGGGGAGCGCAAACCCAUUGAAUGUUUGGAUGCUUUUGGUGCCACUGGUAUCAUGGGAUUGCAGUGGGCAAAGCACCUCAGAAGUUCUGUGAAAGUUACAAUUAAUGAUUGUAAUGAAAAUUCUGUGACAAUUAUUAAGGAAAAUUGUCAUUUAAACAAAAUGAAGGUGAAACUGAGCAUUAGGGAAGAAGACAAUGGUGAAACUGUGGGAAAUGGAGAAGAAAACAGUGACACCAUUGAGGUGACAAAAAUGGAUGCCAAUGUUGUCAUGCAUUUGAGAUCAUUUGAUUUUAUCCAUUUGGACCCCUUUGGAACUUCUGUGAAUUACCUGGACUCUGCCUUUAGAAAUGUGAGAAACCUUGGGAUUGUGUCAGUGACAUCCACAGACAUCAGCUCCCUCUAUGCCAAGGCUCAGCACGUGGCCCUGCGUCACUACGGCUGCAAUAUUGUCAGAACAGAGUACUACAAGGAGCUGGCAGCCAGGACUGUAAUUGCUGCUGUCGCAAGAGCUGCAGCUCGCUGUAACAAAGGCAUUGAAGUGCUGCUGGCAGUAGCUCUGGAACACUUUGUUCUGGUGGUGGUCAGAGUUUUACGGGGCCCAACCCCUGCAGAUGACUCUGCAAAGAAGGUCCGAUACCUCAUCCACUGCCAGUGGUGUGAAGAGAGGGUUUUCCAGAGAGAGGGCAAUAUGGUGGAAGAAAACCCUUACCAGCAGCUGCCCUGUGACUGCCACGGCAGCAUGCCUGGGAAGACAGCAGUGCUUCUUGGUCCUCUCUGGUCAGGAGCCCUAUUUAAUACUGGAUUCCUCAGGAGGAUGCUCCUGGAGGCUGUGCAGUAUGGCUUGGAUGAAGCUCAACCACUUCUGAAGACAUUAGUUUGUGAAGCAGAGUGCACAACUCUGAAACAUUUUUCUACCCACAGUCCUGGUGAUGAGAACAAACAAGAAGAGUGUGGCGUAUAUAUUAAAACAUCAAAUACUUCUCCAGAAUCCUACUUAGUACAUGGCAAGAGGAAAAGUGAGGAGGUGCUGCGCGGUGUGGCGAAGCGCCAGCGGGCCGAGCACAGCGCUGAGCAGCCCCCUUUCUACUACAACGUCCACCGGCACAGCAUCAAGGGCAUGAACAUGCCAAAGUUAAAUAAGUUCCUGAACUAUCUGUCAGAGGCUGGAUAUCGCGUCAGCCGAACCCACUUCGACCCCAUGGGAGUCCGCACCAACGCGCCCCUGGCGCAGUUCAAGACUGUUCUCAUGAAGUACAGCACUCCUACCUAUGUGGGGGCACAGGCAGAGGGCCCUGUGCAUCUCCCUGGAGAGAUCCAGGUAGGGGAAGAGGUUCCAGCUGCUGCAGCAAUCAAGGUGGCGGAGGCUGAGGUAGCAGAAGAUGAUAAAUCUGGGGUUGCCACUGCUGUGUUCACAGAGUCCUACCCCACUCACUGUGCUGCUGAAUAAUGCAGAUGGGUUUGUUCAUCAGGAUGUUAGAGACUUCAGCACACCCUGUUCCAGUAAGCCACUCCUUUCUCCCAAGAUGGAGUUUGACCCUUUUGAGCUCCCUGUUGUACUUCAAAGGGACAGUUUAGACUUAGGUAACAGAACUUAGCCCUGAUCCCAGCAUGGCUGUGGUUGCAGAACCAGCAAUGUGGGCAGGCUGUGGAGUUACCUGCUUUUAUGCUCACUUCCUUUUCACACUGAAGCAUGGAGGCUGCUUUCCACUCUGUCCAAGCCCUACUACCAGCACAGCAUCCAGGAGGUGGGACAGGGACAACAGUGUUCAGUAUUUUGGAAUAUGACAUUAUUGUGAAACAACGUGUUCCUAAAAUGCACCAUUCCUAAAGCCUGGCUAGCUAUGAUCCAGAGAGUGGGCACGUUCAGGUAAGGUAACAGCACAGGAUAAAAUGCCCUCUGAGUUAAAGCCAGGCAGUCCUGCCUGGGUGCAGCUGUUGCUCCAGGUUGCACAUGUAACUCUGCAUUCAGGUCUGUUUCCAGGGUUCUGCCUCCAGGCAGGAGCUGAUCCCAGGAGAACAGGAAGGAGCGGUGGCAUGGCUGCUGCCAAACUUGUUUGUAACCGAAUUGUAGUGAAUUGUGUAGUCACCCUAGGUAGUUGUCUGCUCAGAGCUUACAGUGGUUGUGUGCUGCAGAAAGGUACAGGGACAAGGGACCACAGUGGGCGUUCAGGUGAAGUUUGUGGUGAGUUAAUAGUAGCUCUGAGCCAAGAUCUCUUCUGUGAACAAGCAAAGCUGCCAGGUGUUGGCAGUUCUGGUUUCCUUAAAUAUAUGGCAGCAUUCCAGCCAAAUGAG